AAUGAAUUAUGCUUGAUUAUGUUAAAUGUUUUAGUUACAGGCACACAUAACAAAAGAUAAGCGGAAAAUAUAUGUCCCUCACAAUAUUAGGUGAAUUCAGUAAAUAGUUAGGUGUACAAGGGUCCGCCUCAUCGUGAUGGAGAAUCUGAAAGUAUAUUCCGUGCUGGUAUUGCUGGUUCUUGUGUCUGGAGUUUGCUCAGUGGACAAAACCCGAGAAGAAGGCACGCGCGGAUCAGGAGUGGUGGAGGCAGUGGUGGAUCUACUUCGAUCACGAUGUCUCAUUUCAAAUGACAAUUUCUUCCUGAGAAGAAUGGCAUACGCGGCCAGCAGAGACGGGGCUAAAAAUGACACGUAUCGAGAUAAUUUUCAUGGAGGGAUAUGGCAGAUCGAUAGACAAAAGUUUCUCCUUACUCAAUCAUCCAACUAUGUACGGAAACAGCGCGCGGGAAUCUAUGGAAACUUCAGCAUCUCUUGGUCUAAGGUCACGUGGUCUGACCUCCGGAAGCCGCUGUUUUCAGGCAUUGCGGCUGCGCUGUACUUGCAGUAUGCGACUUUGAGAAAUGGAGAAACCAUUCCGUCAACUGUUAACGCUCAAGCGAAAUUCUGGGCCGAUCACUUUGGAGGACCAAGAAACGCCUUUUUGGCUGUAACUAACCUUCGCGACGUUUCAUGUAAUACAAAGCCUAUAGACUUGGUGUUUGUGGUGGAUGAGUCCGGAAGUAUUGGAAUUAAAAACUUCGGCCGGAUUAAGAACUUCCUGCUUCAGUUCGUGGAACAGCUGACCAUUUCAAACACUGCUUUUCACGUGGGGCUCGUUAAGUUCCACAAAGCUGCCACCACACAGUUCCAACUUGACAGAUAUAGUCAAAAAUAUUCUAUUAAGGAAGCUAUUCGGGACAUGAAAUAUAACCGCGGAGGAACAUUGAUCGGCGCAGGGAUAAAAGCAGCCAGAAAUGUUUUCACCAAAAGUUCAAGAAGAAGGGACUCCACUAAGGUCAUGCUUCUUCUCACAGAUGGGAAAUCAUCUGAUCAGAAGAUAACAGAACAACAGGCCAAGGCCUUAAAGGAUGAGGGCGUAUCCAUUUUUGUCAUUGGAAUUGGUAAAGUGGAUCUAGAUGAAAUAAACUCCGCGGCCUCUGAACCGACUUGUUCUCAUGUUUUUAUAUUGGAGAAGUUCUCUGGUAUCAAUAACAUUUUAUAUGAGGUCAGAAGACGAUCUUGUACAGCUCCCCAUAAAGUAGAGGUUGUUGGUAACAGUGAGCCCAAAGUAUCGGGAGAAUUAACGCCGGACCACGUGGUGGAGGACACUGUUGAAAUAGAUACCAAUGCCCAGUCAACUACAAUCACCACUGAGGUAACCUGCGGAGAGGUCGAGCUCUUCGCUGCGUCUGACACAUCUACUCCAAACGAGGCUUUCUAUGAAGCCAAAGGAUUGGCACGUGAUAAUCAACCGUCCUCGUUUUCGAUUCAAAAUGGUGGUCGAACUGUGUAUGUUCAUUACAAAGGAAAAAUCAUUGCAACGAAUGAAUACUGCUUGACUGGAAACAAGACAUUCAGCAUAGCAUUUACUCAAGCUAUAGACGAAUGUGAAAGUAACCCAUGUAAAAAUGGCGCUUCGUGUGUGGAUCUUCCAAAAGGUUUCUCUUGUCAGUGCACGGCGGGAUUCAAUGGAGAUACGUGCGAGGACAAAAUUGACCAAUGUGAAAACAAUCCAUGUAUAAACGGUGGUCAAUGUAUUGCCAUCUUGAACGGUUAUAAAUGUGUUUGUGUGACGGGGUACACCGGUACAGCCUGUGAGAUUGGAGUCAACAGGUGCGCCAGCUCUCCCUGCCGAAACAGCGGAACUUGUUCCAAUGUUAACGCCGAUUUUCGGUGUACCUGUACAUCUGGAUUUAGUGGGAAAACUUGUGAAAUGAACAUAAAUGGGUGUCAGUCUUCUCCAUGUCGAAAUGGUGGCAGUUGCAUAAACACGUCCAAGGGUUAUUCAUGCGUUUGUUCCGAUGGUUACACCGGGUCAGAUUGUGAGAAUGAGGCUGUUAUGUUAACUUGUCGGGUGGGAUCAGUAGUGCGGGAAUGCACAAUUGAAGAUCUGGAGAAAACCAACAUUGCCGACAAGCUGUGCACUGGGGGUAAAAACCAGCCAAUUAAGGGACCAGGUUUGGAAACAACGACGUCGACAUCAACGACACAACAGAACGCACCAUCUUCUCCCAACACGUGUGUACCACAGGGCUUCGUAUAUCAUAUACCCUACCCACAGGACACUACGAAGUUUAUUCAGUGUGAUGAAUUUGGGGGCUCCACCAUUAUGCCUUGUGCUCCUGGUACCAAGUUCAACGAGGACCAGCAAAUUUGUACUGCGGCAGAUAACGUGGUAUGUCCCUCUGCAGGUCACGAAAAAUUAGCCGACCCAAGCGACUCUACCAAAUAUUAUGAAUGCGCCCAUGGUGUAUCGUAUUCACAAUCGUGUCCCAGUGGUCUUGUUUUCGAUGGAAGUCUAAAGGGUUGCACAUGGCCUACAAGCAGACGACAGUUAUCUACAAAGGAAAGCUACGUCACUGAGGAAGAUGACGUUGAUGAGGAAGAUGACGUUGACGAUGAAAAUGACACAGCAGAGAAUGAGCUAAAUGAAAUGAAAGAAAACGAAGAAGAUGAUGACAAUGAGAAAGAUGUGAAAAUUCGGGAGGACAUGACAAAAUUGAAAGAAGUGCUUCGAAAGCUUCUUAAUAAUGAACAGUAGUGCGUGUAGUUCUGAAGCGAGGCUUUCUAUAUAACUCGAAAGCACUUUGUAAGUUAUGUCAAUCUAAACGUAAACAGGAAAUGAGCAUGCGCACAGAAAAGAUUACUUAGGCGCGUCUACCUCUACUAUAGUGUUUGUACAUGUACAAUAAUGUUUAUUUACACGUGUUUGUACAUGUAGGCUACAAUAAUGUUUAUUUACACGUGUGUACAUGUACAAUAAUGUUUAUUUACACGUGUUUGUACAUGUACAAUAAUGUUUACUUACACAUGUUUGUACAUUAGUGUUUACUUUAUGUACGACUCUCUAUUUAUAGAAGCCGCUGACGUCUAUGACGCUAUGGCAACAAAACUGCAAAAUUCUACUAAGCAAACUGAUAUAUCUCUUAUUUUACUUUUGAUUCGUUAAGCGUAAUAUAAAAAUGAUGUUUGUGUGAGGGUAAGAAAACGUGCUUUAUCGAUCCUCUAAAGCUUUUUCUACAUUUCACCAGAUUUUUACCUACAUCUGAUUGAUUUGCAGACUUCAUCAAAACAAUGGAUUUCAUAUUUAAAAAAAUAUCAAUCAAGUUUGUUGGAUUGGGUUGUUGUCUCCAAUCUUUUUUUCCAAUCGCAUAAAUUUUGAAAAUUCGUUCUACACGAAUCUUUAGAUUUUCAUUUUAAGGAAGAAAAACUAUGAUGAAAACUUUUUAAAAGAUUGACUUAGCUGUUGGGAAACUUCUUACAAUCGGCAUAGCAAUUUCCCAGAUGUCCUGAAAAUCGACAUUCUGAAUUUAUUUCAAUAUUGUUGAUAUUCAAGUAUGGAAGUUAAAAAAAAAAAUUUUUUGUAAUGAAGCAAUUUUGUUUUACUCGCCCAGAUUAUCCUAAGCAAAGACUUAAAAUUUGCGUCAUAUAUCAUGCUAAUAAUGUAUAAUCAUAAUUAUGUUUUUGUAUAGACUGCUCACUUUUACCGGGUAUUAUUAAUUAUUUUGAAAUUAUUCAUGAUUUGUAUAGAUACUGUAUUAUGUAUUUCAAGACAUUUUUAUACUGCUUUAGCUCACCUGUUCUUAAAGCUCGUGAGCUUUUCUGAUCACAUUUUGUCCGGCGUCCGUCCGUAAACUUUUAACGUUUUCGACUUCUUCUUUAGAACCAAUGGGUCAUUUUUAACCAAACUUCACACAAAGUACCGUUGGGGUGAAGGGGAUUCAAUUUUGUUUUAUGGAAAAGUCACACUCUCUUGUAAGGGGAGAUAAUUAGGGAAUAGUACAUUUGGUGGGGGCAUUUAAAGAUUUAAUCAAGAACCACUGGGCCAAAAAAAAAACAACAACAACAAAAGAUGAAACGUAUUUGACAGCAAAGUGAAAACUUAAAUUUGUUCAUAUCAUGUCACCAGGGGGAAGGGGGGGGGCACAAUAGGGGAUCAAAGUUUAAAAAGAUAAUGUAUAGGGACAACAAGGCCAUGAUUGGAUUCAUUAAUAUGCAAGCACCUUGAGGUAGUGUAGAUGUAAGUUUGUUCAAAUCAUGGUCCUUUGGGGUAGGGUUGAGUUAUGAUAGGGAAAGAGAGGGGUCAUGAUAGGUCAUAUAUUAAUAUGUAAGCACAAGUAAGCUGUUCUGAAGAAAUCUUUCUGACAUAUUAUAGAUUCCAAAUUGUUCAAAUCUUGACCUCCAGGGUAGGUGGGGCCACAUGUCACCACAAUAGUGGAACAAAGUUUCAAUGGAGAUGAACAAAAAAAAAUAUUAUCCAUAAAACAACAGCUAGGGUCAUGACUGAUGAUGUGCAAGCAUCCUCAGAUAGUGGGUGCAGACUCAAAGCUGUCAAGAAUCCAUUCCCAGAAUAAUUAAUUUGCAUAAAUUCCCAAGGCAUGUGGAUUCAAUUUAUUUAUUUUUUCUUUAUUGAUCCUGGGGGUAUAGGGUUGAGCUAAAAUCCGGGAUAAAAUUUUGCAUACUAUAGUAAAGCAUAUAUACAACAAAACAAAAAAAAACCACCCAUUUUUUUCCUUUUAUUAAUAAAAAACUAUUUUUUCUUGUCCGAAACAGAAAGUCCCGAUGUUCAUCAUAUUGAGAUCGAAGCACCCCCGGUGCUGUGUGGAUUUAGACACCUCCUAGAGUUAAGAGUACAGAGCCACAAUUUCACUAGAAUAAAGAGGUGAAUUUUUUUAAAAACCUUCUGAAGAACAACAGGACUAAUGGUACUCGGGUGGGCGCUGUGAUCCAUAAGCCUCUUGUUUAUGAAUAAAAUUCUCAACCAUUU